CACUCCUACCAUCUGCGUUACUUUGCGAGAGCCGUUGCUGACUUUGGGCUUCUGCCUCUUCUUCAGCUUACAGGAUUUCUUUAUAGAAAAACAUCCGAGUCGUCUAGCAACUCAAAGUUGCCACCUUUACACAUAGCGACGACGAGGGAAGAAGCCUCUUGCCUCCCUUUAACGGAGACAUGACCUCUCGUUCAGCCUAGCCAGUCUCUGACUGUGCCUGGCCCGAGAUGGUUCUCGAUGAAGUUGCUGCGUCCCACCGCACUCGUCAUGCUUUGGCCGAAAGGUCUCUGCAGAGUGUUUGCGUUGUCACACACUGUCCUGUCGUCUGCUUCGCUUCGGCUGGUAUUCGGACUUCAGUCGUCGUGGCCGUGGUGACGUUGGCGAGGAGCAUGAGGCUGUUUCUGAGCUAUCUCACUACUAUCUAUAUAUGUUGUCACACUGCACUCUCGGGCUAUCAUACUCUGCCCCUCGUGCUCUUUCCUGUCUCUCUAGCGAGAUUUCAUCCCCUUAGUGUUCCAGUCGAUCGCGUCUGCCGUCUCGACAUGGACGACUUUACGAAGGUCGAUCGAAAUCUCAAGAAUGCACUGUUCGAGGGCUACAAGCUCAGUCCGCUAAGAGAUGCUGCGCUGUCCAGGCAAGCGCUGCCAUGUAAAGGUGACGACGUUGCGCUGCCAGGACGGCCACUUGUACGAGUUGAUGACAUUGCAACGUACAACUGGCGUGCAGUCAGAGCCAAGGCGAAGCACAACUUUCUCUGCCCGGAGUCAGCUACAAGUGCAGUCUUUAUCGAUGGUCAAGCACAAGUCUGGCGCAUAAGCCUCAGUGAGCAAGAUGUCGCCAUCAAACUGCUUCUGGCUAUUCCCCUGCCCGUCAGCCCUAGCACGGCUUCGAAGGCGGCAGAGUACCCUAGCAUUGUGAUAUCAGAUGGCAAGAUCAUCGUAGCAGACGGCACUGGGUUGCUCUACAUCAUCAGCUCCUCGGCACAGACGGCCGCAAUAGAUGCAUCUUAUAGCUUGCAAGUCAAUGACGCCUCACUACCUUUCAGUUUGCUAGGCGUACAGUCGCAAGCUAGGCCAGAUGGCACAAUGGCUUACUUGAUCUCGUAUCUGUCCGAAGCUGCUGUCAGCAGAGGGAACGACGAGGAAUCCGGGCGCUUCACGCUCGCGCUCGUGACGCCAAGUCAAAUCGUUCGCAAUGGCUAUGCUCUCCUGGACACGAUGUGGACCAUCACGGGUGCCGACUUGCCAUCCUUCGUGUACCGUCAAGACAAUACUGCGAGCUGGAUCGUUGGCGCAAGCGCUCAUUUUACUGCUCUUGGUGUCCCGGCCGACUCGCAAGUCGAGCAGUCGAAAAUCAAACCGACAGAGUCCGUGCGAUAUCAUUGGAGUCAGACGUCAGAGACUAUCACAGUCGAUUUCAAGCUCCCUCUUGCAGCCAGAGCCAAGGACAUCAAUGUGACCUUUUCGCCUCAAUUCGUGACGAUUGCGCCAAAGACCGAUAACGCUUGUCUACCGCGCUGGUCACAUCGCAAGCUAUGGUCUAAAAUCAAACCAGACGAGUCAACGUGGUCUCUCGAGCCUUUGGAUGAUGCAUGCCUCUUGUCUCUCACAUUGGAGAAGACCGAAUCGUCACGCUGGUACAGCAUCUUUUCGCCAGACGCUCAAGGCUAUGAGGAGAUUGACGAGACGCUCGACGCCGAUGUAGCAAGAGAUAUUGCAGCAAACCUAGAUAAGUAUACGUCUGAUACGCACCUGGACAAUGUUCCGCCAUCGACUUUGCUCGGCGAUGAAGUUGACGCCGACAUUGAUGCUCCUGCCGAUACGCCGGGCAGCGGAACCAUGCUAACAAUUAUAUCUGACGAGGGUCGAACCACCAGAGUACCGCUUACGCGCCCUGUCGAGCUUCUCUCACUGCCAGUCCCAAGUCAGCCGCAGACCGAUAAAUCGAUCAUCAUUCGCAGCGACGUUCAUGGCUUUCUUUUCAAACUCGAAACAGACACGGCGAGCUGGCGACACACAUCAACAUUUCCUGCACUCGCUUUCGUGCUCGCCUCAAAGCGUGACAUAAAAUACGCCGCGCAUCUCGAUCAUUCUGUCAGCAUCGCAAUCGAAGCCGGUGCAACGCUUCGGGCAGCUGCUCAUGCGAAUACCUCAGGUUCACAAAUCCCUGCUGGUGGCAACGCAUACUUGUACUACCCUCCUCCACCAGGCAGCAAAGCAAGAACGGCGCGUUCUGCGGUGGCCAAGAUAACUUCGCCAUCUUCUGGCGCCUGUAUCGGCGUAGCAAGACUGAGCAUCGACGAGAAGGACGUCAUCAUCUUUUUGUGCGAACAAGAACUGGUUACAUUGCGUCUAUAGCUACAGAGUCUACGUUGUCAAU